UGAACAACCAACUGUCAAAUUGUUGUCUUCCCUGAACUUUGAAAUUUGACCGAAUGAACUUUGAAAAAUGAAACGAGUCUAUCCAUCGGGUGCAGAAAAAAGGAAAAAGAAGAAGGAUGAUGAUGAGAAGAGACAUAUGCAAGGUGGAGAGGAUCGUGGACAAGCGGAAGAAUAAGAAAGGAAAGUGGGAAUAUUUGAUCCGUUGGAAGGGAUAUGGAAGCAAAGAGGACACUUGGGAGCCAGAGCACCACCUUCUACAUUGUGAGGAGUUCAUAGACCAGUUUAAUGGCCUUCGCCUGCAGGACCAUCGCUUCAAGCCAGCAAAGACCAGUGGGGCAACACAUCGCCACCUAGGGGGCACCGUGCUACACGACAGCUCCAAGUCCCAUGGGGAGUCACGAAAAAAGAAAAGAACUACUGGGGCUGGGGGUGGGGGGGUUUCGGUGGAGCAAGGCGUAGGGGUUCCUCCAAAACCACAGAAGAUGUGUGGAGGUAAACCUCUGGCGGACAGAACAAGCAAACCUGUGACUUACAAGACUGUCCCUGCGGUGUUGCAGUUUGUACCAUCUGCCAGGGUCUCUAAUGGACUACAAAAUGGAGAUAUGGACCCACAGCAUUACAGGACUACAGGCAGGACUCAGGGCAGCAGAAUAACAGGGGACAAGGACCUAAAUGAAGCCACAUCACUGCAUGGCAAAGAAUUAGGGUCACCACUUCCUAACGGAGAUGCACAUUUGCACAGUACAGUCAAACGGAAGCUGACGGAGGACAAAGGCUACAUCUUUGACAAGAGACUGAGGUACAAUGUCAGACAGAACGAGACCAACUGCAGAUUUCGGGACAUUGUAGUCAGGAAGGAAGAGGGUUUUACACAUGUGCUGCUAUCGAGCCAAACAUCAGACAACAAUGCAUUAACCCCAGAGAUAAUGAAGGAGUUGUGUCGGGCUCUGGGGAUCGCGGCAGCCGAUGACAGCAAGCUGCUGCUGCUCAGUGCAGUGGGGAGCAUCUUCUGCGGUGGCCUGGACCCUUCCUACCUUAUUGGACGUUUGUCCACUGACCGCAGGAAAGAGAGCAGCAGGAUCGCUGAUGCAGUGAGAGACUUUGUGAAGGCCUUCAUCCAUUUUAAGAAACCUAUCGUGGUGGCCAUCAAUGGACCAGCUUUGGGACUUGGAGCGUCCAUCUUGCCCCUUUGUGACAUUGUUUGGGCCAGUGAUAGAGCCUGGUUCCAGACCCCCUGCGCAUCCUUGCGGAUGACCCCCUCUGGCUGCUCUUCAUACACCUUCCCACAUAUACUGGGAGUGGCACUAGCCAAUGAGAUACUGUUUUGUGGCCGCAAGUUGACGGCACAGGAGGCAUGUAAUCGAGGUUUGGUGUCUCAAGUGUUCUGGCCCACUACCUUCAACCAGGAAGUCAUGUUACGUGUAAAGGAGAUGGCUGCCUGCAGUGCUGUGGUUUUGGAAGAAUCCAAAUGCCUGAUGCGGAGCAUCCUGAAGUCUAUUCUGGAAGAUGUGAAUGAGAAGGAGUGUCAGAUGCUCAAACAGCUUUGGUGUUCCACUAAAGGACUGGAUGCUCUCUUUAACUACCUGCAAAACAAGGGCUAUGAUGCCUAAACUUCAGUCUCCUCUUCCCAUUAAGAUCUUCAGUCCAUCUUAAGAUAACCAGCUUGUAUGGAAAUAAGUCUAAGACUGUCAAUUGCAUUGAAUUUACACCAAUUACUGCUGGAUUACAGAGCAAGAUCACUAAAUCCAAAACAAAAUCAAGGCUAAAGGUUUUAUAGGUUUUAAAUCAAGACUACGCCGGUCUGGAACUGUGUGGCAAGAGUUGGGCUGAAGAUCUACUAAAGGAACUUUCACUGUGAGAACAUUAAAACAGCUUCACUGUCUGUAUGACAUGAUUUUCUAAAUGAAGUUAAACACAGCCAAGAAUAAAUCAUUUACUUUAAAGAAUUUCAAAUGCUGUGGUGUUGCCGGCAUUCAGGUUUUUCGCAAAUGCUUUCCAAUCAGCAUUCCAUACACCAAAAGGUAAUUAAUAUGAAAUGAUUAACAUGUUUUCUUUUUUAAUGCUUUGUUAUUGUUGCAUUUUCUUUAUUUAUUUGUGAUAUUCAAAGAAAGCCAUUUUACAAGGGAAAAAGAGGUUAAUAUCCUAUAAAAUAAAUGUAUGUACAGUCUAGAUUGAUUGUUGUUUAAAAUAUUUGUUUGGAAAGUUUGAGGUUUUUGUAUAUUUUUUAAGUGUCUGGAAUGAAGUUUUGAAUACCAAAGCCUCUGUUACAUUUUAUAUCAUUCAUCUUCCUUUUUCAAAAACACAUCUUUACACAUAUAUUAAAUAAAAUAAUGUAUGGCUUAAAGGAGUAUUCCGGGUUCAAUACAAGUUAUCCUCAAUGAACAGCAUUUAUGGCAUAAUGUUGAUUACGACAACCCUCCUUUGCUCUAAAAUCUGGGUUACAGUGAAGCAGUCACAAUGGAAGUGAUUUGGGCCAAUCUGUAUACGUUAAAAUACUCGGUUUGAAAAGUGUAGCUGAAAGAAUGAAACAUUAUGAAUGUUAACAUGAUUUUAGUGUGACAUAAUCGCUUACUAACUUCUGUGUGAAGUUAUAUCCAAUUUUUCGUUUCCAUGACGAUGUAACACUGUAAUCCCUAAAACGUCAGUAAAACGACAUUUUAAACCAGUUUACAGCCCAAAACACAAGUUUUAACAGAAGAAUUGUAGUCCUUUUAAAAUGAUAAGUUUCACAAUUCUGCAUUUUAACCCUCCAUUCACUUCCAUUGUCUCACUGCAACCUCGAUUUUUGCUUCUUUCUUUUUUGUGGUCAUCAAAUAUUAUGCCACAAAUGCUGUUCAUUGAGCUUAACUUGUAUUGAACAUGGAACAUUCCUUUACAUUUCUUUAAAAGUGCAAUAGUGAUGUUUUAAAUUAAGGGAUUACAGAUGUUCUGUACAUUUAUGUUUGUCUUUCAAAGCAUCUUUUUGAAGCUUUUGAAUCAGGCUGAAGUAUUAUCAGCCAAUUCAUAAAUGUGGUUUGUUAGUGUAGUUAGUGUCACUAGAUGUAACGACUAAUUGUUCAUUGUCAGUUUGAAUAUGGUUAGGCCUUUGAUUUCAUUGGACAAUAUUUUCCCACUGUCAUAUGAAAUGCUGUAACCAAAACAAGCAACCUAUUAUUUAAAGAUGUCAAUACUUGUAUUUUCUGUUCAUUCAGAAUAUUGUGUGUGUGUGUGAGUUAGAGAUGUUUGCAACAGGGAAUGCAUGCAAAUUGCUUUGAAAAGAAUUGAUGCUUGUUGAUUGGCAGUGAGAGAUUUUACGUUUCAGGAGCAUUGUUGAGUGACUCAACUGUGACAUAGCAUUUGUUUUACUUAUUCAACCAAAAUGAAUUUAUUUAACUAUUUCACUUUAUUCUCUCUCUCUCUGUCUAUCUUUAUGUAUCUUUAUUUUUCCGAAUAUAACUUGCACUUUGAAUGCAUUCACAGACUGGUUCAUUUAGAGCCUCUUUCCAUCUGGAGUUGCCAAAACCAUAAUUUGAUUCGGAGUUCAUUUGGCACUAAUUGACCUCUUGAGGAGAGGAAGUGCAAUACUUUUAGUUAGAGAUGUGAUUAGCACAUUAUUGUGACAUGCUGAAUAUAAAAAAAAACAUCUUUGGAUAUUUAGUCUUGGUAGACUUCAGUGUUCACAUCAUGUGCAGCUUAUAAAAUAUAUUUAUGAAUAUAUUAAAAAAUAAUUCAGGUUGUUAUUCUACUAGUUUGUUGUGUAUUUUUGUGAAAAAUAGUA